AGAAAUAAACGAACUAACAAAUAAUAGAAGUGAAAAAUUAAUUUGUAACGUAGAAAUUCAAAAAUAUAAGACGAAAAGACAAAAAUAUGCUAACAAAUUAUUAAAACUCAGCUAUUUAAGUAUACAAUGAUAUUAUUAUAAAGGAAACUAGAGCAUAUGUAAUGGAAAUAAAAUAGCUACAUAAUUUCAAAAAGAAAAUGGAAAGAUAAAAUAUCCAAUAAGAUAUAAAAAUAAUUCAAAAAUAUAAAUUUUAUAUAAAUUAUUAAAAAUAACAAAUUUAGGAUAAAGUUGGUAAUUCUAAUUGUACUGAUAUCCCUCAAUUAAGAAAAGUAGAAAUUUUCCUUUUUUUAAAACCUUCUUUUACAAAUAAUUAUUGAUAGUGUACAACUAUAAACCUUUGAAGCUUGAUGUUUGCACUAUAUUUUGUUAUAUGAACAAGCUAAUUAAAGAGGAAAACGUUGCAUAUAUCUUCACAUGAAUUUUGAAGGGAAAUAGAAAAGAUGAGGAGAAACCAAUGCUACACACUCGACAGUUUUUGAAUAUUGGUGAGUCUUCACUUUUAGACGGCAACACAGAAGCACGUGCCUCAGCUGAAAACAUUGAAAAGAAAAUAUUAGGAAGAAACGUUGCAUGUGAUAAGUACAAUGGUGAAGGUGAAAUCAAAAGCCAAACAACAUCGCAUGAACCAAAACACACAGAAGAUCAAGCAUUAGAGGCUACUUGCAGGAGAGCUAAAGUUUCCAUAAGAGCACGAUCAGAUUUUUCUUUGAUCGGUGAUGGGUGUCAAUGGAGAAAAUAUGGACAGAAGACAGCGAAAGGAAACCCUUGUCCCCGAGCCUACUACCGUUGCAGCAUGGGAACUGCAUGUCCAGUUCGUAAGCAGGUUCAUUGAGAAAUACUUAUAUUUUCUUAAUUGUUAUCACUUCACUUUGCAUUCUUACUUGUUACUUCCCAUAAGAAAAAAUUAUUAUAUAUU